UGCAUAUAAGUAAGAGUUCAAGUUCAGUGAGACGUUUCGUCGGAAAGUCAGACAGACAGAAACAAACUUUUUGUUUAGUGAGUAAAAAACUCAUAUGAAAAAUUUGCAAAUUCCACUCGCAAAUCAAUAGCAUUUUUCUCUUCCUAAUCACAAAGUCAGUAGUCCCAAUUAAAGCCAAGUGGUUCAAAUAAGUCAUCAACGAUCAAUGUUCGCUUUUUGUUACAAGGAGAUAAAGUACAAAUAGAACCAACAGCGAUAAAAGUGAAACAGCGGAGAGUUGUUUUAGUCGUUCCAUGUCGUUCGUGUGGUUCGAACAUUUGAGGUCAUAGCGAGUCACCUGUGUAGAUAAACUCAUAUAAAAAUGCACCGACUGUUGUAUAUAAUUGGGACCCUGGUCCUAAUAGGUCACGUGUUUUGCGAAAUCGACCACCAAAUUGAUGUAAAUAAUAUCACAAAUCAACUCCAAGAAAAUAUACCCGGAUUGGAAAAUUUUAAUGCGAGUAAGUUACCCUCUGAAGAGGAUGUUGAGAGGAUGUUGAAAGAAAAAUGUGAGAAAAACGGAGGAGGAGAAGAAGCCUUCCAGGCCCUCAAAAACCAGCAACAAGAACUCCGCACGUGUCUCGAAGCCCAAAUGAACGCCACUCAAAUUCAACUGGAAGUCGAAGAGGCUAAAAAAACCGGUUCCAUGGACGAAAUAUUUGGCAAAUACUGUCGCAAAUACCCAGAAAUUUACCAGUGCGCAGAGGUGGUCAUAGAGAAAAUCAAGCCAUGUAUGGAUCCCAGGGAGAAAGACACGAUGAACCAAACCCUUAAGAUCCUCGACGAACUCAAAGAAUUCGUGUGUUUCAAAGACGGCGACCGAAUCGCAAUGUUUGUCGCCGAAGGUGGUGUCGAGUGUCUGGAAUCUAGAAAAGACGAGCUGCAACAAUGUGCAAACCAGACGCUGGGUUCAAGAAUCCCUACUGACAUGUCGGCGACCAGUCUUCCGGUCUUUCUUUUCACUGACAGGGAGUGCAACGACUUUGAUAAAAUUCGAGCAUGUUUCAAUGAUGAGUUGGAGAAGUGCAAAGACAGCACUCCGGCAAAUAUCGUCGAUGCAUUUUUCAAGUUUUUGAAGAAACAUAUGCCUUGUAAUGGAGUCGUCACUGGGGUCAAGGAAUCAGCUGUGGUUAAGGAAAGUGACGGAAAUUCGGCCGAUAGUCUUGUCGUCUCCUCACUUAUCAUUGGGGUCUCUAUACUGAUCUCGAAAUUCCUGUGAUCCAUCGAAACUUUGUUAUUUAUUGUUGUUACACGUAUUUUAUUAUGUAGUGGGUGCGUGACUGUUGCCAGAAUGAUAUAUUUUUAUAAAUAAUACGUAAAGAAACGUUUUUAAAUAAAUAAUCUUUUUUUAAUUUCA